AUGACCGCAGCACCACUUGCUCCAUUAAGACGGCUGCUGAUGCAGCCCGCAUGGUCCGCCCCGACUGUGCAAGCCCAAAUCUUGCGGUCUUCGGCCCACUGCCGCCAGGUCUGUCUUCGGCGCUACCACCCAGGCGUUGGCUCAGAUCCUGCCGCGCAACCGUUACGAACCCCCUCCCGAUUCCGCAGAGUCAUCGCAUUUGGAGCAUUCGGGCUGCUCUUCGCAGGCCUAGGAUUUGCUGCCGCCGCAAGUCCUCUCGUGCCUGGUCUGCUUGACGUAACAAGGCAUCGGUCCGAUGAGGAUAGCUUGCGCGCCUAUGUGCCCGAGGACGGCGAGGCACGGGCUGUUGACGACUUCAUCAAUAGUCACCCCCUUGCGGUAGAGAUGCGACAGAACCCUAACAUGGCCGAGUCUCGUCCUCAUAUGAGGCUCCCCAACGCUCUGCGACGUCACAACCUCACAGGCGGCACGCUCUUGGGUCCCGGCCGCAUUACAGUGCCUCCUGUUUGCUGGACCGAGAAGGGUGGCAAGUCGCUCGUGUCCAUCUCUCACCUUGGCACGGACAUGUGCGGCCACCCCGGCAUUGUUCAUGGUGGGCUGCUCGCUACUAUACUUGAUGAGGGCCUGGCGCGGUGCUGUUUCGGUGCGCUUCCACACAAUGUAGGUGUCACAGCCAAGCUUGAGAUCAACUACAGGAAACCGGUGCACGCGGGCACAUAUGUUGUCUUGCGGGCGCGGACAAUGAGGGUUGAGGGACGCAAGGCGUGGGUCGAGGGUCAGCUUGAAACGCUGGCAGAGAACGGAGAGGAGCCUGUGAUUCUGGCGCAGGCUUCUGCACUUUUUGUUUCUCCUAGGUUUGCAUCGGUUGGUGACUUCUCAACCAUCAUUACAUGGACUUUAAACGCUGACAAUAGCGACAGGUUCUGA